GCGGGCCCCCAAGGCCGGCGGGUUUGUGCGAGCGCCCCGAGCCCGCGGGCUGGCCGGGCGGGAAGGGCCGAGAAGGCCGCGGCCCCCAAUCCAAGUCUCGGAGAUGAAACUUUCCUGGAAGGGAGCAAUUUUGGAAGAGAAUAGUCUUAGAAGUUGUUCUUAGUUAACCCCCAUCGCAUAGGUUUACGGAACCUUCGCGCUCCCUACUCCCCCUCCUCUAUUUACUGUUUUGUCGCAGAGCGCCGCCUUUCUCGCUUCGGUCGCAGUCCUCCCGACGCAUCUCUAUUGAUCAGUUUUUGCUGCCCCACCCCUGCUGUUUACGUUGGCUCUGAGAAUCGAUUAUUCACCCUCACCCAGCGCUUACAGCUUCGUGAAAGUUCGAUAGUCUUCCUUUCCAAAAAGGUCAAUAUUAGGAACGGAUAGCUCGCGAGUUUACUCCUUCGAAUACGAUUGUUCGUGUUUAUUAGGGAUUGAGCAAUGCAGCAGGUCCCUCCGACUUCAUUUCUGCGUCUGGAAGAAGUUUCGCUUGGAAUGCGCAGUUUCGUGACACGGCAUUAUUGGCGUUCCCGUAGGGCUGGCCCAGUUCUGCACUCUCUAAUUGUAAUGAAUUGCUUUACUCUGUCUCUUGAGAAUGCUCGAGAUUUGCUUUAGUGUAUUGUAAUUUAACGGAUUUGCCUUCAAGAUUGUUGUUGCCUGUGAAAUUACGUUGCCUUAAAUAUUUAGGGAUUCAGCAGUUUUCUUUGAAAUUUCCAAAAGCAAGCCAAAAAGAGAAAUGGAACAAGAGCCACAAGACGGAGAACCUGCUGAAAUUAAGAUCAUCAAGGAAGCAUACAAGAAGGCCUUUUUAUUUGUUAAUAAAGGACUGAAUACUGAUGAAUUAGGUCAGAAAGAAGAAGCAAAGAACUACUAUAAGCAAGGAAUAGGGCACUUGCUCAGAGGAAUCAGCAUUUCAUCAGCAGAUCCCGAACACAUAGGUCCUGGGUGGGAAUCUGCUAGACAGAUGCAACAGAAAAUGAAAGAAACACUACAGAAUGUACGUACCAGGUUGGAAAUUCUAGAGAAGGGUCUUGCCACUUCUCUACGGAAUGAUCUUCAGGAGGUGCCCAAGUUAUAUCCAGAAUUUCCGCCUAAAGAUAUGUCCGAAAAGUCACUGGAGCCUCAGUUCUUUAAUUCACUUCCUCAGCACAAUGAAGUAAAUGGAAACACUUCAACUACAAGUACAGAAUCAGUUUCUACACCUAGUACUUUUUCCUUACCAUCUCAAAGUCAUCCAUCAGAAGCACCUCCUGCUUAUACUCCUCAGGCUGCUGAGGGUCACUACACUGUAUCCUAUGGAACAGAAUCUGGGGAGUUCUCAUCAGUUGGGGAAAACUUUUAUAGGAAUCAUUCUCAGCCACCUCCUCUUGAGACCUUAGGGCUAGAUGCAGAUGAGUUGAUUUUGAUACCAAAUGGAGUACAGAUUUUUUUUGUAAAUCCUGCAGGGGAGGUUAGUGCACCUUCAUAUCCUGGGUACCUUCGAAUCGUGAGGUUCUUGGAUAAUUCUCUUGAUACAGUUCUAAACCGUCCUCCUGGGUUUCUUCAGGUUUGUGACUGGUUGUAUCCUCUAGUUCCUGAUAGAUCUCCAGUUCUUAAAUGUACUGUAGGAGCCUACAUGUUUCCUGAUACAAUGUUACAAGCAUCAGGAUGCUUUGUGGGGGUCGUCUUGUCUUCUGAAUUACCAGAAGAUGAUAGAGAACUCUUUGAGGAUCUAUUAAGACAAAUGUCUGACCUUCGGCUCCAGGCCAACUGGGACCGGGCAGAAGGAGAAAAUGAAUUCCAAAUCCCUGGAAGAUCAAGAUGCCCCUCUAACCAAUUAAAGGAAGCCAGUGGCACUGAUGUGAGACAGUUGGACCCAGGCAGUAAGGAUGUACGUCAUAAGGGAAAACGGGGGAAAAAGACCAAAGGUACUUCAAGUGAAGAAGUUAAUCUGAGUCACAUUGUACCUUAUGAGCCAGUUUCAGAAGAAAAAGCAAAGGAAUUACCUGAAUGGAGUGAGAAAGUGGCUCAAAACAUUUUGUCAGGUGCUUCCUGGGUGAGUUGGGGUUUGGUCAAAGGUGCUGAGUUUACUGGCAAAGCCAUCCAGAAAGGCGCUUCUAAACUCCGAGAACGGAUUCAACCAGAAGAAAAACCAGUGGAAGUUAGUCCAGCUGUGACCAAGGGACUUUACAUAGCAAAGCAGGCUACCGGAGGAGCAGCGAAAGUCAGUCAGUUCCUGGUUGACGGAGUUUGUACUGUAGCAAAUUGUGUUGGAAAGGAAUUAGCUCCACAUGUCAAGAAGCAUGGAAGCAAACUUGUUCCAGAAUCUCUUAAAAAAGACAAAAAUGGGAAGUCUCCCCUGGAUGGUGCUAUGGUUGUAGCAGCAAGCAGUGUUCAAGGAUUUUCAACUGUCUGGCAAGGAUUGGAAUGUGCAGCUAAAUGCAUUGUUAAUAAUGUUUCAGUAGAAACUGUACAAACUGUCAGAUACAAAUAUGGGCAUACCGCAGGAGAAGCUACGCACAAUGCAGUAGAUUCUGCCAUCAAUGUUGGUGUAACUGCCUAUAAUAUUGACAACGUUGGCAUCAAAGCAAUGGUGAAGAAAACUGCAAAACAAACGGGACACACACUGCUUGAGGACUAUAAAAUUGUUGAUAAUUCUAAGGAGGAAAAUCAAGGAGCAGGAGCAAGUGUAAACAUGAAAGGGGAGAAAGAUGAACAGAGAGAGGAACUAGAGAAGGAUGGGGCAAAGAAGAAAGAUAAAUGAUGGAAGUGCUAUGAAUUGUCUAUACCAAAGCCUUACAGAUGGAUGCAGUUUUGUUAAAUGGCAAAUGUGGAAUUCCCCACAGAUUAACCAGGAUUUUUAAAAUGUAUUCAUUCCUACAAAGUGACUAUUUCAUAAGCUUUAUGGCAUGUAUUCUACUUCUAAGGAAAAGAAUCAGUAUUCUUGCAUCUGGCCUUUAGAAAUACAGUUACAUUCUCUGUGAGUUGAUUUUUUUCUAAAUGUGGCUAAAAUAUUUUUGCAGUUAAAAUAAGACUAAUAAUAGAUGUGCUAUAAAUCUCAUUAAACCUAACGUUAAACUAUUUUUGUAUUUGCUGUCUUUCAGAAAGCAAAGUAGGAAAUUAUAUAUUUACGUAAAAUUUGGCAUUUAGUAACCUUAGUUAUGUUUGUACUGGGAAGGAAUGCUUUAAACAUUGUUUCCUCUUUUUGCACUAAUUGUGGAUUUUUUUUUAGGUGCUUAUGAGAAUUUUCAGUGUGUAAGCUAAACAAAAACUGUAACCCUAAAUGUAAAGAAUUCUUGUAUAACGUUUAAAAGACUUUCAAAAUAAGGAGUAGACUAAUCAUGAAAAAUAAAAUGAGGUUCUAUAAAA